AAGUGUCUCGGUGACACAUGUAGUCGUAGCUGUGCAGAGGUAGCAGAGCAGCUCAGCCCAGAUCCAGACAGAAACAUGAGGACUCGGACGCUUUUAUGGGUGACUGUGCUGGGCCUGCUGCUGUGGGCCUCCUGCAUCCAGUCCAACCAGGAAGAAACCAAGGAGGAGACCAAGGAGGAGACCGAGGAGGGGACACCUUUGGAGCCAGUGGAGGAUGAAGAACCACCAAAGAAAGAGAAAACAACUGAGAUAGAAGAAGAGGCAGAUGUCAUGAUUCUUCACAGUGUCAACUUUGGCAGAGCACUCACUGAAAACAAGUAUUUACUGGUUGAAUUCUAUGCUCCCUGGUGUGGACACUGCAAACAGCUGGAGCCUGUUUACGCUGCAGCUGCUGAGAAGCUGAAGAAGGAAGAGUCAGCGAUGCGUUUGGCCAAAGUGGACGCCACAGUAGAGAGAGAGCUGGCAGAGGAGUUUGACGUCGGUGGAUUCCCCACUCUGAAACUGUUCAUCAACGGGGAUCGCAAACAGCCCGUUGACUUCACAGGUAAACGGUCCACAGAUGGAAUAAUCCAGUGGAUGAAGCGUCGUGCUGGACCAGGGGCCCCAGUCCUGGACACUGUGGGGUCUGCGGCUCAGUUUAUCGAUGCCCAUAACAUAAGUGUUGUGGGAUUCUUUAAAGAUCUGGAGAGUGAUGCUUCCAAAGCCUUCAGUGACAUCUCCUACGAUAUGACUGACGUGGAGUUUGCCAAGACGAUGACUGCUGAGGUUUUCCAGAAGUAUGAGGUGAAAGGCGACUCAGUGGUGCUCUUCAAGAAGUUUGAUGAUGGCAGAGCAGAUUUUCCUUUAUCAGAAGAAGGAAAACUGGACAAAGGCAACGUGACCACUUUCAUCAAGUUCAACAGCCUGGAGCUCAUAGUGAAAUUCAGUCAGGAGACUGCAGAGAAGAUCUUCACCUCCGGCAUCACGUUACACAGCCUGCUGUUCAUCAACUCCACAGUGCAGACUCAGACAGAUCUGGUGGAACAAACCAGGCCCGUGGCCAAAGAUUUCAAGGGCAAGAUGCUGUUUAUUGUGAUUGAUGUGAUGGAUCCUGUGACUCACGUGUUGAAUUAUUUCGGCGUCUCGGCGGAUGAGGUCCCCACUGUCCGACUCAUCAACAUGGGCACAGAGAAGAAGUUCGGCAUCCCCGCAGGAGACCUGACGGUGGAGUCACUGAGACAGCUGUGCAAGGAUGUGGUGGACGGUUCUGCCAAGCCUUACUACCGGAGUCAGGAGAUCCCUGAGAACUGGAACGAAGGUCCCGUCAAGGUCCUGGUGGGGAAAAACUUUGAGUCUGUCGCUCUGGACCAAACCAAAAACGUCUUUGUGGAGUUUUAUGCUCCAUGGUGUGGACACUGCAAAGAACUGGCUCCAAUCUGGAAAGAACUGGGUGAAAAAUACGCCGACCGCCAGGACAUCGUCAUCGCCAUGAUGGAUGCCACGGCCAAUGAGGUGGAGUCUGUUGAUGUCAAAGGUUUCCCCACGCUGAAGUACUUCCCAGCUGGAGGCAAAGAGGUGGUUGAAUACACCGGAAAAAGAGACCUGGAGACGUUUACUAAGUUCCUGGACAAUGGAGGUGUACUGCCUGAGGAAGAGGAAGAUGAGGAGGAUGAAGUGGACAUUGAUGAUGCUAAGGAUGGGGACAAAGAUGGAGAUGAGAGCAAGGUUGAAGAGUCUGCAGAGGAAACGACCAACGAAACAGAAAAAGACGAGUUGUGAUUUCACUGCACUUCAGCCACUCAGGAUCAACCUAGGAUCUUUCAUUUGUUUCAUAAUAAAAUGAAUUUGGC